UCCCUUCUCCUCCUGCCUUGUGUCUGAGCUCCAGUCUCUGCCUGCUCCUCUUGUGUUUUCUUCCCUUCACCUCACAGAGUGUCUGACUGAGUCUCCAGCAACCAUGCAAACCUCCAGGCAAACUACAUACUCCAUGCGCUCUUCUAGUAGCAGCAGGGCUCCUGCCGUGUCAAUCACACGCACCUCUGCCCCUCUCUACAAGGCCCCAUCCAUUCACGGUGGGGCCGGUGGCUCCCGCAUCAGCGUCUCCGCCGUCCGCUCUCUGGGAGCUGGGAUGGGACUCGGAGCAGCAGGAGCGGGGGGAUUCUCCAACAGCAUCCAGGUGAGCGGAAACAGCGCAGACAUCAUGGGCAAUGAGAAGUUUGCCAUGCAGAACCUGAACGAUCGGCUGGCCAAUUACCUGGAGACAGUGAGGAGCCUGGAGACGGCCAACCACAAGCUGGAGAUCCAGAUCAAGGAAGCCCUGGAAAAGAGCGGACCGGACUUCAGAGACUACAGCAAGUAUCAGGGCAUCGUGGAUGACCUGAGGAAGAAGAUUUUCGACGCCACCAUCGAUAACGCGCGGCUGGUCCUGAGCAUCGACAACGCCCGCCUGGCUGCUGAUGACUUCAGAGUAAAAUACGAGUCUGAGCUGGCCAUCCGCCAGUCUGUUGAAGCUGACAUCGUCGGUCUGAGGAAACUCAUCGAUGACACCAACCUGAGCCGCAUGAACCUGGAGAGUGAGAUUGAAGCCCUGAAAGAGGAGCUCAUCCACCUUAAAAAGAACCACGAAGUCGAGGUUAUGGAGCUUCGAAACCAGAUUUCCCAGUCCGGCGUUCACGUAGACGUCGACGCACCUAAAGGUCAAGAUCUGGCUCAGGUCAUGGCAGAAAUUAGGGCCAAGUAUGAGAAGAUGGCACAGAAGAACCAACAGGAACUCAAAGCAUGGCACGAAUCUCAGAUGACAGAGGUGCAGACUCAGGUGACCCAGAACACAGAGGCCCUGAAGGGCGCCCACACAGAGCUGAAUGAUCUGCGCAGACAGCUCCAAACCCUGGAGAUUGAACUGGAGUCCCAGAAGAGCCUGAAAGCCUCCCUGGAGGGAACGCUGAGGGACACAGAGCUGCGUUACAACAUGGAGGUCGAGUCUCUCAACUCCAUCAUCCUGGGUCUGGAGGCGGAGCUCACACAGCUGCGUAACAGCAUCCAGCUGCAGACGCAGGAUUACGAGUCCCUGCUGAAUAUAAAGAUGAAGCUGGAGGCCGAGAUUGCGACAUACCGACGCCUGCUGGAUGGUGGAGACUUCAAGCUUCAGGAUGCUUUGGAAGAGCAGAAAACCGUGAAGACCAAAGUAAUGACGGUCACACAGACCCUGGUGGACGGGAAAGUGGUCUCCUCCAGCACAGAAACCAAGAACCUUUAAACACAGUAAACACUAACACUAGAGAAGAAGUAGCCAGUUCUUUCUCCCUGUGACUUUCUCUUACCAGCAGCUGCAGAGGCCGAUCUAAACCAAAACGAGACCACAGCAAACCCAAAACCAUCUGUUAUUUAUUUCAUCACAAUUUAUUUAUCUCAUUGUUUGUUAAGCUGUAGUUGUUUACAACAAAUUAAAAUCGGAGGACUUUUUUUUCAGCCAAAUUCGUCAAAGAGCAUUUCAAAGUAAUGGUUUUCAAAAAUCAAAUGCCAAUUUUUAUAUGUAAUGCCCCUUUUCCUUAGUUUCCCUUUUGUUCCAGUGCCCUCGGCCCGCUGCGAUGAUCAGACAUUUCAAUAAACCUUUUCUGAGAAAA